CUAAUAAUAAAAUAAUGUUUAACUAAUAGUGCAUUUAUUAGUGGUUAUAUUGCAUUUAAACGCAAUAGUUACGAAGAUAAAGAUAAAAGAAUUUGUAUUAAUAUUAAAGGAAGAAUUUGAAAAUAGUACAAGCAAAAUGGAUGAUGAAGAGGAUGUAAGGAAACUCAGUGAGUUUCUGAGGAAUAAAAGCAAGGGAAAAAAAAGUAAUUUGGAAUUUGAAAGACUGAUAAACAGUGAUGAAGAUGAAGAUGAAGAGGAAGAGUCCACAAUGGAUGUGUCUAUGGAAGAAAUAAUUGAUGAUACUGAUAAAUUCACAAUAGACAUAGAUGUAACAAAAAUAAAUCAUCAAAUUCCACCAAAUGCUUCACUGCAAGCCGAAGAAAAAAUAGUGAUAGAGAACUGUGUAGACCCCCAACUAAAAAACCUUCUGAUCCUCAACCGACAAAAAAACAUACAACUAAUCUUGUUCUACAAAAAAGUGAAAGACUUGCUGUUUGAAUGCAAGUUGAACAUAGAGGACAAAUUAAGGGAAAUCCAAGUGGUCGAGCAAGGAAUCAGAAAAGCGAACAGCAAAAAGCUGUGGAGGAUCUCGGCCCCCUAUUUCAAGGACAAAGACAACUACCCCGCCCCCCCGAACUCCGACACGAUCCGGAAGAACCGCAACAGCGAGCUCAGCGUCUACGACGUGUAUGCUUCGUCGAAGUGGUCGCAGAUGGAGUGCGAGAAGCUCGUGAAGUCCGUGAAGUUGAAUUACAGCUUGACCAUGCAGAAGGAAGUGUUGAAGGAGUUGAGAGCUUUGGAGGCUGUUGAAGUUGAGGGGGACGAGGGGAAUCUCAGGGAGUUGGAGUUUAAAGCAAAGUAUAAGGCUAUUAAGGAUGUUGACGAUAUGUGCCCCCCCUUGUAUUCAAAUGAGUUUGUCGAUUGGGAAAGGAUUUCGAGUUUUUUUUUGCACGGCAAUCACACGUCGAACGAGUGCAGAGCGUUUUGGCACAUACAUCUGCACCCGCAAAUUAAUAAAGACAAUUGGACUAUGGAGGAAAACAUGAAAAUUGUCAAACUGGUGAAAACUUACAACAAUCAGAACUGGGACCAAAUGGCGUUAGAAUUGGACACCAGAAGAUCAGGCUUCUCAGUUUGUCUGCACUACAUGAGCAAGCUGCAGACAAAAUUCAAGAAGGAAAAAUUCUCGCAGAAAGAAGACGCGAAGCUGUUAAAACUGGUGGAGAAAUAUAAGGUGGGUAAAACUAUUCCGUGGAGCAAAAUAAGGCAACAUUUCGCGGACAGGAAACGGGAGCAAUUGUACCACAGAUACACGUACUUUCUGAAUAAAAGGGUUAAGAAAACCCGCUUCGAACCCGAAGAAGAUGUUCUGCUUUUAAUAUUGGUAAACAAAUUCGGGCGAUCUUUCACGAGGUGUGCCGAAUCGUUUCCCGAGAGAUCUGCUAGCCAAUUGAAAGCAAGAUACAAUGGGAAUCUCCAAGCUAAAAUCCGAAAAGGUUGUUUCACGAAAGAUGAAGACAUGGUCAUAAUGGAUUGGGUCAAAGAGCACGGCACUAAAAGUUGGGGGGGUCUGGUGAACACCGUGCAAAGGGCCAGAGCGCAAAUAAGACAAAGAUAUCUGGUUCUGCAGAAGUUUUUCCAGGACAACCCGGACGGUUCCUACGACGAUAUCAUCAGGAGGAACCACACCCACUGGGUGGGGGAGGAUACCAGCUACGACCAAACAAGGUAUAUAGCCGACAUGUUCAAGGACAAAAACAUACCGACCCUCGCGGAAAUAAAAAUUAUUAUGGACGCACAAUAUACGAAAACUCGUAUCCAACAACUCCCAACAAAAAAAACGUAUACCCACAAAACGUCGGUGGACGCGCAGUUGGUGGAGUUUUUCUCCAACUCGCAAAACAACAAAACUACUUGGAAAGCGUUUUUUUCGCCGUCUAUAUCGGUCGUAACGGAAAAUGUGGAGGAAAUGCUGUCUGUGUUGGGCGCCAAGUUAAAAAUCCCCAAAAAAUUAGAAGAAGGGACUAACUUGGAUGCAUUGGAUGUGCAAGUGUUGCGGAGUUUACGGGACAGUAAAACUCAACAAAAAGUCGGCAGAUUAUUGCCGCCCAAUUUAAAUAGUAUUAUGGGGUUGACGAGUUUGCUGUUAAAGCACAAGUCGUACCAAUCCCUGGGGGAGAGGAUUUUCGACAGGCUGGGCCCCCAGUUCAACUCCCACCAGGAAAAUUUUAGAUACGCGGUGGAAAAAAUGCCGGGUCCAUUACGCGACAAAAUCGUACACGAGCGGAAUCUGUUUUACAGCAGAUUUACAACGAUUUUUAAGUGGCCUUCCAUACUAAGUCUGGCGGAGCCCAGUCGAGAUUUGUUGUACAAUAAACCGGGGGAGAAAAGGAGAACCUACGCCAGAGCGAAACCGGGGGAGAAUAAAAAUAAAAGGGUGAAGUUAAGCUCGGAGAUCAGUUCCAUGGUGUUCGACGAAAAAGACACGCUUGUGAUACCGCUGGAUAAGUUGCAGAGUUUCUCGGAGGCGUGUUCGAAACAGAACGUUAAAGUUAUAGUUUUGCACAAGAAACAAAAUCAAAAUAACGUUAAAAUAGCGGAUGUUAAGCCUGAAGAACCGAGUUGCUCGCAAAGCAGCAUUCAAAAUGCCGUUGAAAGUGUCGAUGACGAUUUUGUGGAUUUGCAAAAAUUACAAGGCUUCUUGAAGAAGGAAAAAAUUAAAUUUGAAGAGGUUGAUGAAGAUAUUUAAUUUUUAAGUGUACAAAGUUCUGUUUUUU